UCGAACAUGUUCUAUCACUAUUUUCGAUUUUUUAAUUACAUUUCUACAUUUUUUGGACAAAGAAAACCAUUUGAAAUACGCCCUUCGAGUAGCAUAGGGAUUCUAUCCAAGUUUUGGUCUUUAAUUAUUGCAGUUUCUAUAAUAUACAGCUCUAUUCUUACUAUAGAUUUUACUGUAUCACUUCAUAUAAAAAAGAACGACGAAACUGGAAACAUAAAUGAAUUUAUUGUGUGUUUAAUAAUAUUUCUAACUAAUUUGCGAAGAGAAGAUCUGAAUAAACGUUUGUAUGCGGUUAUAAAUAGUGUCGUAUCGGGACUUAAGCUUACAAAUAAAAGUGUGAAAUUAUUAACAAUUAAACUAUAUGUAUGGAUAACGUGUAUUUCGGCUAUCUAUAUAAUUGCCAUUGUAAAGGAAAUUCUCGAUUACGACCCUCCAUUUAUACUUCUCUUAAGAAUACCAUUGUACCUCACAUUACUGCAUUUUUAUACGCAUUUAUGCUUAAUUCUGUCGCUAUUAAAAUUAAUCAAUAUUUUUAUAUGUGAUAUAUUUAGGUUGAAUUCAGAAGAUAGCUUUUUGGUUGAGGGCUUUUCUGAGCCAAACAAUUUGGUUACGUAUUUAAUUAGUUAUGACAUCAGAUUUAUAAAAGUUAAACAUAGAAAUUUUGACCUGAAACAUCUCUGCAAAAUGUAUGACCAUCUUAGUACAUGUGUACAAUAUUUACAAAAAAUUCAUAGCUUGCAGAUGAUAUUAACUACGUGGCUCAUGUUUUCAUCUGCUGUCAGCGCAGUGGCGUUAAUAAGUACCGAAAAGACAGAUACGCCAUUGUUAAAAGCUGUAAAUGGUCUCCUGCCAUUCUUCUGGUUCGGCAUUGGAUGCUUUAUUGAUGACCAAAUACGGCAAGAGGUGGAAAGGACUGAUCUUAUUAUAAUAAAGCUUCUUAUUGAGUUUCGCUGCGAACCUGCUACAAAAGAAGUUUUGGGCGUCUUUAAGCAAGCUAUCAGUACAAAUAGCCUACAAUUCAAAGCGGGAAACAUGUAUAAAUUGAAUUAUGCUGCUAUGUUGGGUACCCUAGUCAGUGUUAUUACAUAUAGUAUAAUAGUAAUUCAAUUGUUCUAGAGACUCUAUGUUCUCAAUAAUCAAGUAAGUAAGCACAAAUACAUGAAGUAAAUUUCACAAAUUAUAUGAAAAGUUAAGUUGUUGCC